UUAGUUUAGUCUAACCGGACAGAGCCAGAGGGAGUCGCUGUGAGAUGAGCUUGGAGCCACUGUUCUUAGCUUUCCCUUCUCUCCCCCGAGGCUGACGUUAUUUAAAUACUUGCGGUGUCCCGUCUCUGGUACCUUUUCUUCUUCGCUGCCCGCUUCAGCGGCCUGCCCGGAAGGCGCGAGAGGCGGCCGGGAGUGGCGGCCCUCAAGCUCGUGUUGCCGUUUCUAUCUUUCCUUCCUACGUAGUGUCCCGGCUCCUUGGCAACCCCCACUUUUCCGGGCUCUGGGGGACUGCUGUCUUCCUUUGGCACGGCCCCUCUACCCCACCCUCACAUAAUCCCUUGUUGGAGGGGAGGGGUCGCAGCUGCAUAUUCCCUCUUCCUCUCUGUGGAGCUACUGUACUGUGUGGGCUGGGGCCCACCUAGGGGUCCCCGGCAGAUAAACAUCUCUGUCGAUAGUGCACGUUGGGGGAGGCAUGCCGCUGCCCUGUUAUCCGUCUGCUCCCCCACCACGAGAAAAUGGGACGAAGAAGAUAGGAGGAUGGUGGCGAGGCUCGGCCGCAGUAGUCAAAGGCUGGAGCUGGGAGAGUUACUAACGCGCUGGGCUGGCAGCGCUGGGGUUGCAUACGCCACUGCUGCUGUCCGGAGAAUCCUGAGUUUGUGUGUGUAUGCUCGCGCUUUGCUGGGUUCCUUUGUCUACUGCUGCCGCUGCUUUCCCCACCUCCCUCGAUUCCCUCUCUCUCCUCCCUCCUCUCCUUUCUUUCUCCCUCCCUUCUUUCCUCUCUCUCCCAGACUCAAAACGCUGCUGCAGCUGCAGGUUUGUAAAUACUGGAUGAACACACACAAUAUGGCUGACGCUCGCCCUGCUCCUUCACCAGGCUCUCCUUUUUCUCCCUCUGUCUCUGCCGCUUAGUCUCUCCUCCAUUUAGGCUUUUGUUUCUUCCCCUUCAUCUCCCAGGGGGAGAAAAAAGAAAAAAAAAAAAAAAAAAAAAAAGAAAAAAAAGAAAAAACGAACAAACAAACAAACAAAAAAAAACAAAAACAAACCAAUUCACCCUCCUUAUUGCGUGCAUGGUGGGAUUUUAAGGAGUGAUAUAAUUGAAAGUGCUUCUCCUAUAUUUGAGGAAUAACAAAUUGGUGAUUGGAUGGUGGAUUAAUAAGUAGCUGUUGUAUUACGAGAGUAAGAAGAUAUUUUGGGAGUUGGGAAGAACCGGAUUUUCACCCUAGUCUAGCAGCUUCGCUGCUCACUUAAACACAGAUGAAUGAAGACCCCAUUUGGAAAAUCGACAGGUCAGCGAUCCAGAGCUGAUGCAAAUGCAGGUCAUGCAGGAGUCUCUGCGAGCAUGAUGAAAAAAAGAACUUCCCACAAAAAGCAUAGAAACAAUGUUGGACCAAGCAAACCUAUUUCUCAGCCUCGAAGAAACAUUGUAGGCUGCAGAAUACAGCAUGGCUGGAAAGAAGGGAGUGGACCUGUAACACAAUGGAAGGGCACAGUUCUUGAUCAAGUUCCUGUAAAUCCCUCUCUCUAUCUUAUAAAGUAUGAUGGAUUUGAUUGUGUGUAUGGACUAGAACUGCACAAAGACGAAAGAGUUUCAGCACUUGAAGUCCUUCCAGACAGAGUUGCUUCAUCUCGAAUUAGUGAUGCCCACCUGGCAGACACAAUGAUUGGCAAAGCUGUGGAACAUAUGUUUGAGACAGAGGAUGGCUCAAAAGAUGAAUGGAGGGGGAUGGUCUUGGCUCGUGCUCCUAUUAUGAACACAUGGUUUUAUAUUACCUAUGAGAAAGAUCCUGUCUUGUACAUGUACCAACUCUUAGAUGACUAUAAAGAAGGUGACCUUCGCAUUAUGCCUGAUUCCAAUGAUUCACCUCCUGCAGAACGGGAACCAGGUGAAGUUGUGGACAGCCUGGUAGGCAAACAAGUGGAAUAUGCCAAAGAAGAUGGCUCAAAACGGACUGGCAUGGUCAUUCACCAAGUUGAAGCCAAACCAUCUGUCUAUUUCAUCAAGUUUGAUGAUGAUUUCCAUAUUUAUGUCUAUGAUUUGGUGAAGACAUCCUAGACAGCAUCAUGAACUUCUGCCACAUUUGUGGAACUAUUAAAUGUAAAAUUUGUAGACACAAAGACUUGACUGUUUUUCAGUUAAAUGAAAGCUUAAAUGUCCCCGCGAACCCACAAUCUCUGCCAACAAAACUGUUUUGUUCUGAAUAAUACAAAUUUAUUUGAACAUGAUACAUUUUGUGUAAGAGAACUCCUUUUCUUGAAGGAGGUCAAUAUAUUUGGGUGGGAGGAAGUUUAAAGCAAAGAACAGCUGCAAAUUCAAGCUGUGAAAUCAAUCUAGCAUUGUAAUCCAGAUUUUUUCAUAGAUUUAAACUUUUUCUUUAACCUUGCACUCACCUGUUUAACUGCCACAUGCAAGUGUAGUUUGCUAUUUUUGAUUUGCCUUCUUUUGUAACAUUAAAUUUAAUUUCUUGGCUACUGGCAGUCCUUGUUUUCUGGGUUGGGACAGAGGUGACUCUUCAGAAAGAUUUAAAUAUUUUGUGCAGCAGUGAGGAGUGCCUAACCCAAGUAAUGCCAAUCUACUGUGUUUCUACACUUUAUUUCAAAUUAGACUUGCAGUACAUGGAAAUAUUUGUGCAUUUUUACUAGUCACAGGGCAGUAGGAUAUCAAGUGUUUGACUUACACACAUUUAAAUGAAAAGGCUUUAAACUACAAAAAUAUAUUUAAUCUGUAUAAUCAGUUAAUUAGAAAAUGCAGGUUAAGGGUCUGUGUUUACAAGUUGUAGGAACCAGUAAAAUACACACAACAAAGCUGCCUUUAAUCCUAAAUGUUGUACUCUGUUUUACUAUACACAUUUCUUAGCAGAACCCAAGUGCUUGGUGCCACAAGUUUAACACUAUAUAUACUACUUAAGAAGACUUUAGACUAUGCAUUGGCAAUCGAUAGUCUCUCAUUUAAUAUCAGAACCUAGCAACCUGGACAUUUGUGUGUGGACUUAGAAACCUAAUAGUAGUUAAUCUUUUACACGGUAAAUACAAUCUUAUGGGGGUAGGGGGUCCUUUUACACUGAAGACCUUCUUUAGAGGAGAAGCACUUGUUGCCUUCUGCUCAGUCUGCUGUAUUGCUUUGCUUUGUUUUGUUUGGGGUUUUGCUAUUGUUUUUAACCAUUUUGGUUCAAGAAGGCAUCUUCUCAAGAUAUUCUUUUUCUGGCUUUUCCACAUGAGGAGUGUCCAGACAAAUCUACAGUUUAAACCUGUUGUUGCCUUUUGUGGUGUACUUGCUUUGAGGUAUGCUGUUAACAUGAAUUUGAUUCUAUGAACACUAGAGUUCUGCAUGCCAGUGAUGUACUAUCUAAUGGGAGCUAGUCUCAGUGGUUCAGUCAUCUGCAUUAGAUUCUGGAUGUAAAUAGCAGCCCACAACAGCAGAAUCCUUUCACAGGUUUAAUCUUGCAACAAGAUAGUUGUAAAUCAAGGUUAGGGUAUUUGCUGGUUUUUAAGUGUAGCAACUUUUAAAAGCAUCAGAAUUGUAACAAGGAUCAGCACAGCAACAAAAUUGUCAUGCUUUACAAGCUUCAAAGCACUUUUUCACAGAAAUGCAGUAUGUGAAGAAUGUGAAUACAGUCAACACUAUUGAUGGAAAGAAGGAAUACAUAGAUAUCGAACCUUAUGCUGUUAGUGGAAGGAUGCAGGAGAAGUACUGUUAAUCAGAGAUCAGGAAUCUGACCUCUAUUGUGGGUAUUCUUGAUAUCAAAGACUCAGUGGUUUAAGUUCCUUUCUGUCCAUUUUUUGGCCUGACUUCAUAUUUUAGCUUUAAGGCUUGUGCCUCAUUAUGCUGUUAAAUGGUAAUACUAUAUAAAUAUGGUAUCUUAAUUCUUUGUCCCUUGCUACUAUAUUGUAUUAUGACCUGUAUUUCAUCAUGGGCAACCAAAGGCAGUCUUUCAGUUCACAGCUUCUCAAUCCAGUCUUUAAGCACUAAGUACCUGAGUGAGUAAAUUUUGUUUUGAACAAAGUGAGCAGAUUUGCAACACAGUGCUUUCAUCCUGCAGAUCUGUUAUGUGCUUUCUGUUGACUCUUAAGAGUCCUGCAUGUAAAUCUCAAAGCUGAGCCUGGCUCCAUGAGCCCAAGUUGAUAUUUGUGGCAUGAGAAUGAGUGUAUUGAUUACACAAAAAAUACAUUCAUAACUUAGUAUAGUGAACUUUGGGCUUUACAUCUAAGGAAUACAAGGUUUGUUUUGAAAUGUUUGAGGAUUAGGUCUACUGGAGCAUUUUUAGCAUUAGGCUUGUAUUUGUGGGUUUUAUGCAAGCCACUCUAAUACACCACGUAUUUUGCUAAUUAGAAUAUAAUCUAUAUACUGUCAAAUUUUAUGGUUGUUUUUAGAUGUCCCCGUUGUUUGUUGCAUGGGUUUUUUCUUUUCAUCUUUUUUCUUAAGGUUUGGGGGAGGUGGUUUUUGUUUUGUGGUUGUUCAUUUUUAAUAGCUUAAACCACCUUUUUGAGACUAAUUCUACUCCCUGCCAUCUGCUUUGGGCUUUCUUUUAGGCUCAUGUUUCAGAUCUGCAUGCAGUGCUUGCAUUACCCUAGUAACUACAUGUUGGUCCCUUGUUCUAGGGGUUCAACAUUAGAUUCCAAAUUUAUCAUGGGUCUUGUGAUGGCGCAAGCCAUGGUUCUUUGUAUAAAAGUUAUUGCCCUCUCUAAUUUACCUGAUGUAGUAUUGUUGUAUAUUGUGUGUGUGCAUGAUGUCAGGCUGCCAUGUAAAAUUUUUAAAAAGAAAAAAACCCUUAAAUGCAGAUCAUUCUUUUUUGCAUGCUUAGAAGGUUAGAAUGUUCAGUGUAACAAAUGAAAGUUGCAUGUUAUAAUGUUUAGGUUUGGGUUUUGUUCUGGUUUUAUUUUGUGUUCAUUUUUUGUGAAUUUGCUUAUUGUGCUGUUUGAAUGGUUGUUAGUAGGAUUAAAUGCACUGGUGAGGCAAACAUAGUGCCAACAGAAGGUAAUUUUCCAGUUGUAUAUGUCAUACAGCAUUUGAAGGGACCACGUAUUCUGUUCAAGAAUAAAUAAAAUCAAAAUCGAUAAGUAAAACACUACAUUUUUUUCUUUUGAAUGCCAAACCCUAAACUAAGUUGGACUACAUAAAGACUGAAAUACUUUGGGGAAAAUCCUAUUUAUUGCAAUAGGUAUAAGCCUUCUUUAAAUUAAUUAUUUAAAAAUUGAGGUUUUAUCUUCAGAUAGAAUAGAUUACAGUUGCUUCAGGGAAAAAGAAUUAUGGUAAAAGCAGUUUCUGGUUCCUUCAAAAUGCUGUACUUUUUGUAUUUUACAUCAUUAGUGCAAUUUGGAUGGUUCUUGGUAUGUGUAUAGCUGAAAGGUCUUCGUGUUCACAUUUUAAAAUUAGGUAAUGACUUCAUCUUUAGAGCUCAGUUUCAUUAUUUUUAUUUUAUUUCUCUGCAUUUAGAAGUAUGAACACUUUAAAUCUGUUACUUAAUUCUGUAAGUAAUUUUUAUAAUUAUGAUGUAAUUCUAUCCUUAAAACAUUUAAAAUAAAUCCUUUAUGUGCAACUCA